UCAAUCCGACGGUGAGAGCUGUUGCGGCCAAUCCCUCCCGCAGUCUCCUCCGUCUUGUCCGGUUGUCCCCUCCCGUACCGUACCGUAGCUUGGAAGCGCAGAGAGACAGGGAGAUCACCACAGGUCCCAAGACCCAGAGGGGAGGAGGAGGAGGAGGACCGCCCCGAAGAAGGGAGGGAAGCGCGAAUGGAGAGCAGGAACGUAGUGGUGUGCGACAAUGGUACCGGGUAUGUGAAGUGUGGCUUUGCUGGUGAGAACUUUCCUACAUCUGUGUUCCCUUGUGUUGUCGGAAGACCUCUACUUCGCUAUGAGGAGUCACUUCAGGAGCAAGAAUUGACGGAUAUUGUUGUUGGAGCAGCUUGUGCUGACUUGAGACAUCAACUUGAUGUAUCAUAUCCUGUCACCAAUGGCAUUGUUCAAAAUUGGGAUGAUAUGGGCCAUAUUUGGGAUAAUGCCUUCUACAGUGAGCUCAAGGUCGAUCCAUCAGAGUGUAAAAUCCUACUGACAGAUCCACCACUCAAUCCCGUGAAAAACCGAGAAAAAAUGAUCGAGACCAUGUUCGAGAAAUAUAAUUUUGCUGGGGUCUUCAUCCAGAUCCAAGCAGUUCUUUCGCUGUACGCUCAAGGCUUGCUAACUGGACUUGUGAUAGAUUCUGGUGACGGUGUUACUCAUGUGGUUCCUGUAGUUGAUGGAUACUCUUAUCCUCAUCUGACAAAGAGAAUGAAUGUAGCUGGAAGACAUAUAACCUCUUAUCUUGUUGACCUACUAUCAAGGAGAGGGUAUGCUAUGAACAAAUCUGCUGACUUUGAGACGGUCAGAGAAAUAAAAGAGAAGCUAUGCUAUAUAAGCUAUGAUUACAAACGAGAAUACCAGCUAGGACUUGAGACCACAAUCCUUGUGAAAAGUUACACUCUUCCAGAUGGAAGAGUCAUUAAAGUGGGCACUGAACGAUUUCAAGCUCCUGAAGCUCUUUUCACUCCUGAACUGAUAGAUGUUGAAGGUGAUGGGAUGGCAGAUAUGGCAUUCCGUUGCAUUCAGGAAAUGGAUAUCGACAACCGGAUGACGCUCUAUCAACAUAUUGUCCUGAGUGGAGGAAGUACAAUGUACCCUGGUCUACCAAGUCGGUUGGAGAAGGAAAUUCUUGAUCGCUAUCUUGAUGUAGUUUUGAAGGGAAACAAAGAUGGCCUGAAGAAAUUACGACUGCGGAUAGAGGAUCCUCCUCGGAGAAAGCACAUGGUGUACCUGGGAGGUGCAGUGCUUGCUGGAAUCAUGAAGGAUGCACCUGAGUUCUGGAUAACCAGGCAGGAGUAUCAGGAAGAAGGUGUAGCGUGCCUAAGGAAGUGCGGACAGUCAUAAGUCGCAACCGUCCAAUCCUACCACAGAAGAAAUGGAGGGGCUCCCGAUGCUGACGGAAACAAGGGCCAGAGCUUACAAAGCCGGCCAUGGUUCGCUCAUGAAGCGAAGGUUACAUGUGUAAAGAAGAGCUCAGCACUACAGCUUUGUUGUUGGUGUAUAUUGUAGUGAGCUGUCCUGAACAUGCUCGGGGGUAAUACUGUUCUAGGGGAUCAUGUUUGUAUUGGCUACUCAAUUCGACCUCUGUUAUUGAUCAUAUUGUCAAGUUUUAGAUAUGGAACUUGAAGGCUACCUUUAUUUGUAUUUUUUCCCGAUUAAUUUCAUGAACCUGACAAAGUCUA